GCUCCGCCCAGUCUCCAGUUUCCUGUGAAACUUGUUGUCGGUCCGUCUACAGGAGCCGUCAGACCGUUAUUCUCCGGGCCGCCAGACCGUUAUUCUCCGGGCCGUGUCGCAGUGCUCCCAGUUCGCAGACUCAUCACACCGAGGGGGGGACAGUUCUAUUGGUUAUCUGACUUCCUGUCUGGCAGUAUGAUAUCCUCUGAGGGUACAGUGGCAGCAGGUGAACCCAGGUUCCAUCGUCUCUACGCCUGGUUUGACCCUGAAAGUGCUGCGGUGGUGACCAUCCUGUUGGGGCUGUUCCAGGUGCUGUUAUCUGUCCCUCUGGCUUACGCUGACCAGACUCUGCCAAAACUCUUCAUACUGCCGCUGGUCUUAGGGAUCCUAAUUGUGGCGGCAGGAUCCUUUACCAUUGCCAACGAGAGAAACUCCAGCAGACUACUGCUCUGUGGUUGUGCAUGCAGUAAUGUUGUUGGCCUGCUGGGGGCGCUGCUGGCCUUCUGCAUCUACUGCUACAGCCUGAGCAGUGCACACAGCAGGGAGCCUUGUUUUCCCGCUGCUGACCAUGAAUAUAGACACAUAGGCUCCUACUACGGCUGCCCCGGGGAACUCCUGAUGGCCUACUGCUGGAGCAUGACGGUGCUGCUGCUGCUCUACAACACUGCAGCCGCUCUGCUGCACGGCCUGCUGUCCAUGAACGCCUACAGAGCACUCAAGAGAGACUGACACACACAGAACAUGGAAACAUUGAAACUAGUUUAUUUGUUAUAAGUGUCAAACCUGCAGAUUUCUGGUUAAGUGGACUUGGUGACACUGUAGUGAGUUUUCUUUAUAUAAAACAGAUCAGAUAAGUUAUAUUCUGACCAAAGUGUGUCCUGACUUCAUUGAUGGUAACACAGUAAAUAAGUUCUUCUUACUCAGUCAGCAUACACAGUCGAUGUGACGAGAUUAAAUAAACUAAAUAGUCAAUAACUGUGAGAUAUAUUAAAUAUUUUUCUAGAAAAUAAUAAGAAAAAAAAGGCAAGGACUUAAACUCAAACCCACUCAAUUUUAUAUGAUAUUCCUACUAAGAGAUACCCAUGAUCCUACACACUGCUCCUCUCAGGUGUGUGUGUGUGUGUGUGUGUGUGUGUGUGU